AUGUUUAGAUUAAAUGUAAGAGCACCAUGUAAAAUGGAUUUGAAAAUGUUUCCGUUUGACUCCAUUGUUUGUCACUUAAUUUUCGAAUCAUACUCCUUCAAUACUGAAGAAGUUAGGCUUGUAUGGCAUGAAACGCCUGUGACGAUGAUGGAAAAAGUAGAACUGCCAGAUUUUGAUUUAAUUGGAUGGGGGACAGAUCACGAAAGAUUAGAAUACCCAAACGGAAUAUGGGACCGUGCUCAAGUAAAAUUUACAUUCGCUAGACGCUACGGCUUUUACCUCUUUCAAUCCUACUUCCCAACAAGUUUAACUGUCAUUAGCUCGUGGGUAGGGUUCUUCUUUGAUGUUCGUUCUGUAUCUGCGAGAAUUACACUUGGCGUUUCUUCACUUUUAGCUUUAACUUUUCAAUUUGGGAAUGUUCUUAGGUUAACUUUAAAAAAUAAAAAUUUUUUGAAAAAUUCUAGAUUUAAAAAAUAUUUUUUAGGAGAUAAUUCAGAAAAUAUAAUAAUUUAUUCCGGAAAAAAAUAA